AUGCCUAAGGUUUCAGUAAAGGUAAAAUGGGGCAAGGAGAUGUACCCAGGAGUGGAAGUGAACACAGAUGAUGACCCUGUGGUGUUCAAGGCUCAGAUCUUUGCCCUCACUGGAGUACAGCCUGAGAGACAGAAGGUUGUGUGCAAAGGAGUCACUCUUAGAGACGAUUCCUGGGCCAACUUCAAGUUGUCCAAUAAUGCUCUGGUGCUGGUAAUGGGCAGCAAGGAGGAAGAUGUACCAUCUGCUCCGGUGGAACAAACACGUUUCGUAGAAGACAUGAAUGAGUCCGAGCUGGCAACUGCUUUGGACUUGCCCGAGGGUCUAAUCAACUUGGGCAACACAUGCUACAUGAACGCUACAGUACAGUGCCUGAAGACAGUACCUGAACUUAAGAAUGCCUUACUUAAUUAUGAUAAGUCGUCUGGUGGUGGAACCGCGGGAGAAUUAACAUCAGCGUUGAGUGACACCAUGUCAGCGUUAGAAGGGGGCGGAGCUGGGGCGUGCGCAGGCGCAGCUGCCAAGUUACUCCGCGCCCUGCACUCUACUGCGCCACGCUUCGCGGAGCGCGGGCCUGGUGGUGGCCUGGCGCAACAGGACGCUUCAGAAUGUUGGACUGAGAUCAUCAGGGCGCUACAGGCUAGACUGCCUUCUGCACCUAAUGCUCCUGCAAAUAGGUCAUCUGUGAUUGAGCAGUACUUCGGUGGCACUCUGGAUGUGGAGUUGGUGUGCUCGGAGGCAGAGGAGCCUCCCACCCGCUCCAACGAGACUUUUCUACAACUGUCCUGCUUCAUAUCGCAGGAUGUCAAGUAUUUGCAGUCAGGACUCCGAUCUAAAAUGUCCGAGCAAAUCACAAAACUGUCACAAACUUUAGGAAGGGAUGCGAUCUACACUAAAACAAGCAAAAUCAGUCGUCUGCCAGCAUACUUAACGGUGCAAUUCGUGAGGUUCUACUACAAGGAGAAGGAGUCCAUCAACGCGAAGAUCUUGAAGGACGUCAAGUUCCCGCUUGAGCUGGACGUGUACGAGCUCUGCUCACCCGAGCUGCAGGAGAGACUCAUGCCUAUGAGGAACAAGUUUAAGGAAUACGAAGACGCAAAUGUGGAGUCGUCUCUAAGUUCGAAGAACCACGGCGAUACUUCAAAGGAAAUUAAGAAAAAAGACCCGAUGAGAUCUGUACCCUAUUGGUUCCCUAACGACGUAGGCAGCAACAACAGCGGUUACUACCGCCUCCAAGCGGUGCUGACACACCGCGGGCGCUCGUCGUCGUCCGGGCACUACGUGGCCUGGGUCGCGCGCGGGGACUCCUGGCUGCGCUGUGAUGACGAUGCCGUCACUCCCGUCACCGAGGAGGAGGUGCUCAAGCUAAGUGGAGGAGGCGACUGGCACUGCGCAUACCUCCUGCUCUACGGGCCUAAGAUCCUGGAAAUUCCCGAAGUGGACGACAAGCCGGAGCCAAUGAUCACGGAACAUGACGACGAAGACCCUCCCAUCGCCCUCGCGUAA